UGUAUGAUGCCGUGCUGCAAACGCCAUUUGUGUUAAACGCCAUCGCUAAUCGUCAGUCUUUUGGUACGCGGCAAAUAAUUCUUCUUAGGCAGUACCCCACCAAAACGUAACCACGGAAUACCGACUCGUGCUCCGGGAAGACAUGUCUUUCCCGCCCCAUCGGCCGCCCUUGGGCAUGCCGGGCAUGCCUCCCAUGUUACCACCUCCAUACUCCAUGCCUCAUCACAUGGUGGCGGGAGGCAUGAUACCGAUGGCCAUGGGUGUGAUGCCUCCGAUGAUGACGCACGUGGCCAUGACGGUGCCCCAGUCAAUCCCAAUGCUGGCGCAGCCGCCGCAGCAGCCUGUUCCGCAGUCGCGCUCGCAGGGCAAGCGCGGCCACGGCUCAGGCGCCGGGGGCGGUUCGGCCUCGUCCGGUGCCGUCAUCGAGAAGAAGCCCCUGGUGCGCCGGAACCAGCCCUCGCACGAGAACUCAUCGAAGGGGCCCCCGGUGACAGUCUUUGUGGGCAAUAUCACGGAACGGGCGUCGGACAACCUCAUUCGGCUCAUACUGCAGAGGUGUGGAUCGGUGGUCAAUUGGAAAAGAGUUCAGGGGGCAAACGGUUGGCUUCAAGGCUUUGGCUUCUGCGACUAUGGGGAUCCUGAAUCCGCCAUGCGUGCCAUCAGAAUCCUGCACGACUGGGAAAUUGGAGACAAGAAGCUUGUUGUGAAAGUGGACGCCAAGACAAAGGAGAAGCUCGACGAGUACAAGGCAAGCAAACGGACCCCACAAAAUGGCGCCGACCCGGCUGCCGCCGCCACCCCGGCCGGCGCCACCCCAGCCGGUGCCACCCCAGCUGGUGCCACCCCGGCGGCGGGAGAAGGCGGCGCAGCAGCAGAGGCCAAGCCUGCCGCGGACGACAUUGAUGAGGCCACCUGGCGCCAGGACAGGGACACCCGCGAGUCGAUCCUGCACCUGUUGCGCUCCCACGCCGGAGAGCUCAACCGAGGCGGAGGAGGAG